UAACAUAUGGUCCUGGAUAAAGUGAAAAAUUAAAUGUCUCAAACAAAUAGUAUGUUAUUUGAUCAAUUUGACAAUCAGUAUAAUUGCAUUGCGGUAUUCUCCUGCGUAUAACUCCUCCCAAUCAGUCUAAUUGAAACCGGUUCAAAUCAGCAUCGAUUAGUAAUUUUUUUUACCAAAGUAGUGGUUUAGCACAAAUUACAAAUCGCCACUAUAAUUAUUCUGUAAAUAUUUAUUUGAGAGUUACAAUUCACACAUCAUUCAGUGCAGUUCAAACGCCUUAAAGAAGAACACCUCAAUUGCAAUUGUAACAAUGGCAGAUAACAAAUUUAAGAUACGGAUAAUUAUGCCCGAGGACCAAGAACGGGUCUUACAUUUCUAUAUUGAAAACUUUUAUCGUUAUGAGCCCGUAUUCAUCUCUACGCCGAAGAUGGUGCCCGGUCCAAGGGAUUUGGCAGACAUCGUCGAGUGUAUACGUGGUGGCACCAGUAUAAUAUGUUACCAUGAAAGCGACAAAGCAGAAGAGGAAAUUGUAGGCGCAUUCCUAUGCACGGCCAAGGAACGCACGUAUGUGAGGAAAUUAUUCGAAGCAGCUGCGCUGGAGGGAAAUACUAAAUAUGGCCAUUAUCUGAGACUAUUGGGUAUUCUACAUCGUGAAGCUGCUAUUUGUAAUCGAUAUAAAGUCGAAGAAAUCUUCUUUACCUUUAUGGCUUGUGUAGCACCAAAGUGGCGUCAUCGCAAUAUCUUAAAACUUUUGGGUGACGAAUCUAUAGCAUUGGCCACCAAAUUGGGUUACAAGGUCUAUACAGUAGACUGCACAAGCAAUUUUUCUUCAAGAGUUUGUGAAUCUCUAAAAAUGGAUCGUUUAGUCACUCUGAGGUAUGAUGAAUUUCUCGACGCCAAUGGGAAGCCAUAUUUUGCAAUACCCCAUCCACAUGUUGCUGCAAUUACUUAUGCCAUUAGAUUACCCUACCAGCUUAAAGCCUUUAAAAGCACAAGUAAGCUCUAAAAUGGAUGGUGCGUAAUUUUAAUUAAUUUCUAAGUAAAUGAAAUACGGUAAUUUUUAAUAAAAUUAGUUUUUAAAUGAGA